CAAGGACCUCCAAAGUGAGGCCGGGUGCCAAUGGUCUGGACCUGUGACGUGGAUGAGUUGGCACCCAGGCCAGGUUCGGGGAUGGCCAUGGAGGAGCGGCCGCGGACGCCGAGGAGCAUCCUCCGGGCGCUGGGUCCUUUCCCCAGCGUCUUUGCUGCGGGCGCUGUGGCCACCGGUUCUGUAGCCGCCGAUUUGGAGGUCCUUGCGGAGGACCAGAAGCUACCUCCUUCCUGUGUCCCAGAAGCCCAGCGCCUGGAGUCUGGAUGGGACCGCCUGCGGGAGCUGUUUGCCAAAGAUGAAUGGCAGAGAAGAUCAAAGGAACUUGAGGAUAUUUAUAAGGCAGCCAUUACAGGAUGCAUCAUUGGCUGGGCAUAUGGGGGAAUACCAGCUUUUAUACAUGCUAAACAGCGCUACAUUGAGCAGAGCCAAGCAGAAGUUUAUUGUAACCGGUUUGAUGCUGUGCAAUCUGCACAUCGUGCUACCACUCGAGGCUUCAUCCGAUACGGCUGGCGCUGGAGCUGAAGAACUGUAGUGUUUGUGACAAUAUUCAACACAGUGAACAGUGGUCUAAAUGUAUACCGAGAUAAAAAUGCCCUAAGCCAUUUUAUCAUCGCAUGAGCUGUCUCAGGAAGCCUUUUUAGAAUAAAUUUAGGCCUGACUGGCUUCGUAGCUGGUGGCAUAAUUGGAGCCUUGCUAAGUACUCCUAUCGGAAGCUUGUUGAUGGCACUCCAGGAGUACAAUGGUGAGAUGAUUCAGGAGAGAAAACAGAAGGAUAAAAAGAUACUCCAAGAGUUGAAACUGGAAGAGUGGAAAGCCAGACUACAAAUUACUGAGCGCCUCCCUGAAGAAAUUGAAAGUAGCCUUCAGAAAAACCAACCCAAGGAUGAUACUGAGAAAACUGAAGCACCGCUA